AUGGCACAGCUCGAUACCUUCUCGACCAAGCCACCCGACUCUUACACCGGUCAUCUCGCUCGACCGGCUGCACCAGAGUCUCUAUCCCCUUCUCACUUCACAGAGACUAAGGGACUAGCCACAGUCUUAGAAGAGGACUCUCUUGACGACUGGGUCGACGACUUUGAGCCCAUCUCCCGUGACGAGAUACCCGAGCUCGAGGUACAACCUCCGCCGGAACCAGAUCCUCCUCGACCAUCUCUCACUAGCUCGAGGUCCAUCGAUAAUCCUCCGAAAUCUCCUGAGCCACUAGUACGUACGACGUCCGAGCGCUCUCACUCCUCUGAUCCCUUCGCCACUCCGAGUAAUUAUCGCUCGCCCGUCGACUCUGUACACCCAUACACCCUCCCUUCCCGACCUUCGUCUGCCCCUCCAGUCUCCCCAGUCCGAAGUCGUACAACCAGUCGGGCAUCCAAACGCUCUCGGCGUUCUUCUCGCAGGAACAGCCAGCCUCACGAUCCUCACAAUCUCCAUCUCAUCCUCGACUUUCCCUUACCUCCCAAUCACAUACCAACUCCCGUCUCAACCCAACUCUCUCCUCCCAAAGAGGCACCUACUCCAGUUGCAGACGACAGCUCUAUAUUCUACGACCAAGAUCCGUUCAGAGCAGAUUCCAUCAACCUCGAGCGUGAGCCCGUAGAACGACCUGCAUCUCCCACCAAGACCGAUCCUACAACAGCAGGCUCUUCAGCUUCCUUCCAUACUGCACUUUCGCGGGCACCAACACCUACACCCACCCAGGCUUCCAGCACCGGCACUGCUACCUUACGCCGCCUCGGUUCAUUCGCACGAGAAGCGAAAGACUCCCUGAGAGCAUCAUUCCGAACUCCGAUAUCAGAAAUAUCGUCGACCCGCUCUCGCAAACCGAAACGCGUUCAGAGAGUAUUUGCUGAGAGGACUCCGGAAUCACCCUCAACACCCAGAGUCAGCUUCGAUCUUCUACCUGAAUUCAUUCCAGAGGGUCUCAAUAUUUCUUUUCCGUCAUUCGAUAACGCUGCACCUCGUUCCCCGCAAUCAGCCCCUUUUCGACCUUCGCGACUCGUCACACCAUAUUACACCUCACUCGACAACGUCUCGACGAGCGCCAUCCUUCAGAACCAGGAUCCCAGUCCACGUACCCGGCUCCAGUCCGCACCUUCCCUUUUCAGCCCCGUUAAUCCCGUGCCGGAAGCAGAACAGCCUGAGAAUUCCACUCAGCUUGCUUCCCCUCCACCCGUCCCGCGUCCGCCGCCACCCAAUCGACCACUACCGCCACUCCCCUUCCCCGCACUUCCGCCUCCCAAGUUCGCUGUGAACUUCGAGUUUGUCAAUCCUCUCGACUUGACAGCAUCUCCCGCCCCAUCAACUCAGUAUCGGUAUUCGGCAGCGACAACUUCUUUCGCGCCUUCACCAUCCUGGUUAUCUCGGAACGUUCGAGAACUCGAGCUAUACCUUGCGAACCAAGGCGCCAACAGUCCCGAAUCGAUCCACUCUGCGGUCGCUGACGUUGACUCAGACACCUCCCAGAACACCGAUUUCUUCGACAGCAGUGUCCGUUACUCUAUCGAAGUCGAAUCCCCAUCAUCGCCGUCGCCCAUCCCCGUCCCAUCGCAGCUACCUCUUCCCCGUCCUGCUCCUCAGUCCGUCUACCUACAAGGCCACGUCCCCAUCCACACCGCUGAUUCAUCAUCGGAGACGUUCCAUUCCGUUGACACCUUCACCGAGACCACCGCAGAACCGGUCACGUCACCUAGCAGCCAAGUCACUCGCAGUCGGACAAGCUCUCGUCGUACCUCGUCAGUAGCCACUUACACUGCCCUAAGGCCGGGUAGAUCACCUUCCAGAGUCUCCAGUCCUCAUCAUCCUCGCUCCCGUAAUUCUUCGGUCACUCGUGCCACCAUCACCCAUUAUCGUCGCUCUAUCACCGAGACCAGGAAGAAGCAGCGUACCAUCAGCUCUUCAAACUCGAGGUCUACACGAACAGCUUCGCAAACCAUCCUUGCCGUUGAGAAGCCUUCUCUACCUCGCUUGUUCCCCGUUGCUACAACCCAAUCACAGUCUUCUAGGCUCUCUUCUCCUACGAUCUCCCUCCUUACACCUCUUGAACUCGUCUCUCCUGACUCCGAGUCCUCGUUCGGUACAUUCACGACCCCCGUCCCAGUCCAUCCUCGACCUCUACCACAUUCUCAGAGAUCCUACCAAUAA